GACAACCUUCUUUGACCUGAAACAGAGUCUCUCGUGAGUCGUGACAGACUGGAACAAGUAUUUACGAGAAGUGAGAAUAAGGAGGAGAUCUGAAAAAAAGGGCCAUGGAACCCCCAAGGGGUAUAUUAAGCUCUUUAUGGAACUUCAUAUGUUUCUUGCCCUACUUUAUUGGCCUUCUGAUUCUCGGAUUCCUUAAAGGGAUCAUUUUGUGCCCAAUUGUUUGCCUCAUUAUGACCAUUGGGAACACGUCAAUCAUUUUGGGUCUUUGGCUAUUACAUUUCUUCUACACGUUCUACUCCCUUUUGAGAUGUAAAAUUCUUGGGCCAGUGCUGAAGCUUGUAUACUGCCCGUGUAUUUUAUUUAUUCUUGUGGUUUGGCUCCCCAUAGGCAUCAUUGGGAGUUUUGUAAGUAGUGCAAUAUAUGGUCUUCUAGCACCUGUAUUUGCCACCUUCAAAGCUAUUGGUGAAGGAAAGACAAAUAAGUUUUUUCACUGUUUUUAUGAUGGAACUUGGGACACAGUCAAAGAAACAUUUACUGGUGUUAGGGAUUUUAAGGACGUAUGUCUUCAUUCUUACUUAUCAUUUAUGGAGGAAUUACAAAGUCAAAAACCUACUGAAGGAAAUUACUAUGAGAUCAGAUUGCUAUAUCUUUUUGGUGCUAUUGUAGCUGGGGUACUUGGAUUCAUGGUGGACUUUCUACUUAUCUCACUUAUUGCAUUUGUCAAAAGCCCUUACAUGUUAUUCAAGGGGUGGCAUAGACUGUUUCAGGAUUGUAUUGGCCGAGAAGGGCCUUUCCUAGAGACCUUUUGUGUACCAUUUGCAGGUCUGGCUAUUAUCCUCUGGCCUUUGGCAGUUGCAGGGGCUGUCUUAGGGUCCAUGACAGCAAGCAUUUUUCAAGGUGGUUAUGCUGCAGUAAUUGUUUAUCAGGAGUCCUCCUUGUGGAUGGGGCUAUGCUACAUUGUCGCCACAUUGUCAAUCUACGACGAGUACAGCAAUGACAUACUUGACAUGCCUGAGGGCUCUUGCUUUCCUAGGCCCAAGUAUCGAAAGAAGACAUCAUCGUCGGCACAAGGCUCGCGAGCCUCUUCCUUCUCAAGGCCUGGCUCAUUUCGAGGUCCUCCAUCCCGAACAUCAUCAUCGGUCAAGGUCCCCAUGGUUGAACUGAAGCCGCUCGAGUUACUGGAUUGCUUGUUAAAGGAGUGUAAAUAUCACGGGGAGCAAAUGGUUACUCAGGGAGUUAUAACCCUCAAGGAUGUCGAAGAUGCAAAAUUGAGUAAAGAUGGGGGCAAUAUCAUAAGCAACGGUUUACCUGCCUAUUCUCUACUCCGAAUACUCGUGCGAUCGGCAAAUUCCCAUUCUGUUGGUAUAGUCUUAGAUGACAAUUUGACAGAGAUAACUAGCACAAACAGAGCCAAAGAUGUGUUCUGGGAUUGGUUUCUGAAUCCACUGUUAAUUAUCAAAGAUCAAAUCAAGGCUACAGACCUAUCAGAAGAGGAAGAGGAUUAUCUAGAUAAGCUAGUUUUGCUGAGUGGGGAUAACCAGAGAAUGAAGAAGUACACUCCACCACAAUCUGAGCAAAAACGCGCUGAACUUGAUGCUCUUGCUCGAAGACUGCGAGGAAUCACCAAGUCAAUUUCGAGGUAUCCGACGUUUAGACGUCGAUUUGAUGAAAGUGUGAAGAGCAUAUCAGAAGAUCUUUCCAAGAAAAGGGAAGAGGGAUUGCAAAUAGUCCCAAGAUCCAGGAGUGUUUUCAUUCGGAUGUUCAGCCAGAAACGACCUAAAUACAAAACUGGCGAUGGUUCGACGUUAGAUCAAGAUUCGGAAUCCGUCACAGGGAGGAGAGACGACGUCGCUGAUGUUGUAUGAUUUUAAAUUAUGUGAUUCAUUUACCACUUGCUUCAUUUCUUAUUUUUGGGUUGAGAAAGAUUGCUUAUGUUGUAAUAUUUAAUGUAAAUGCUUUCUUUUUAUUCAUAGUCUAGUUUCUUGUAAUUAUUUGUUAUUCUUUCCCAGUUCUUCUGUUGCAUUAAUUUGUAAUAGCCACAAGACAAUACUCAUCAAAUAACAAAGUCUUGUAAUUUGUAUAUCUUUUGGUUAGCAUUUAACUGAACCAGUUGAGAUCA